AUUUGUAGGUACUAUUAAAUCUUUGAUCGAAUCUACAAAAAUGAAGAUCCGCUUAUUUUGUUAUUUUGUACCAUGUUUCUUAUAUGUCGGAAUGGUACAUUCAUCGGUCCCAUAUAUGACCAUGACCGGAGGAGUUAAGAUGCCGGCCAUUGGCUAUGGAACAUUUUUGAUGAUGAACGAAACAGUGUUAAUAAACGCUCUAAACGAAGCGUUGAAAGUAGGCUACCGUCAUAUCGACACGGCACAAUUUUAUAUGAACGAACAUGUGGUUGGGAAAGUCCUCAAGGAAUGGUUAACUUCAGGGAAGUUGAAAAGGGAAGAGUUAUUUGUCACGACGAAACUGCAUAUAAUUAAUGAGUUUCCCAAUAAAGUAGAAUCUUCUUUAAAGGAAUCUUUACAAAAGCUGAAUCUAGAUUAUGUUGAUCUCUUUCUGAUUCAUUUUCCAAUCGCUGUGGAUCUAACGAAAGAAGGAGGUUUUAAUCCCAGGCCGACCGAUCUAGUUGGAGUGUGGAAGAAAAUGGAAGAACAAGUUGAUUCGGGAAGAACAAGAACCAUAGGAGUUUCCAACUUCAACUUAACCCAGAUGGAAAAAAUCAUGUCAAACGCUAGGAUUAGGCCAGCAAACCAUCAAAUUGAGCUUCAUCCCUAUUACCAGCAGAAAGAAAUGCGCCGAUAUUGCAAGAAACACGACAUUGUCGUUGUUGCUUAUUCGUCCUUGGGUGCUCCAGGAUUCUAUGAGUUCGUAAAAGCUAUUGGACUGGAUCCAAUAAAAGUGCCACCUGUAUUGGAAAAUCCAGAAAUAAAAAGGAUAGCUGCGAAACAUAAAAGAAGUGCUGCUCAAGUUGUUCUGAGAUUCGUGUAUCAGUUGGGUGUAAUUGUCAUACCAAAAAGUGAUCGCAAAAAUAGAAUCAAAGAAAAUUUCCAAAUAUUCGAUUUUUCUUUGGACAGAAAUGAUAUGAAGCAAAUGAAGAAACUAGAUCUAGGACCAAAGGGCAAAAUUUUCGAUUUCACAUUUUUGGACCCGAAUAUAUUCGACCACCCUGAGUACCCAUUUGCAGAUCUAAAAUACCGACAGACAGCAUAAAUAUUUGAAUUUUGUAAAUGUCUCACAACCGAUUCUACCCCAAAAUCUCGACACGCCAGAAUCUGGACACGCCAAAAUCCCGACAAAUCAAAAAUCCCGC